AAAGUGGAAACCCAGUAUAAAUAGAGGCCUCCUCUUUGCUGCCAUUCCCAGACUCGAUUUGAGAAAGAAAAAUUCCACACCAAAGAUGAAGUUCCAACUCGUGGCUGCUUUCCUGGCCGUCUGCCUGCUCUCCCUGCAGGGCAUCAGAGCUGCUCCCAACCAGGGUAGCUUUGAUGACAACAAUGUGGGUUCCAAUAGCUUCAACGACAACGGCAACAAUGCCUAUGGUGGUGGAAAUGGUGGCAGCUUUGAUGGCAACACUGGCGGGGACAACAGCUUCAACAACAAUGGCAAUAAUGACGGCAACCCCGUAGUUUGGUACUAGACGCCCAGAAACCCACCACCACAUCUGAACAGUUGCCCUCCAUUCUUCAUUGCCUGUUAUUUCCUCUUGAAUGAUUCUUGAAGAUGACACCAAAGUCCCUUUGCAAAUAAAGAAAUCUGAUUCCAC